CUCUGCCAGGCCUUGGCUUUGGCAGGCAGCCCCUUGGGGCUGAUCACGGCCCACAGCCAGGACAGAUGGCAGAACCAGCCUCUCUGGUUUGGCUGCCUGGGCACGUGCACCCCAGAGUGCUGAGCUUGAGGAUCCUUGACCACUUACCAGCUCUCCUCAGUUCCUCUUCAAAUGCUGUUUCACCUCAGUGGGAUAUACUACGCUCUGUAUUUUCUGGCCACGCUCCUGAUGAUCGUAUAUAAAAGUUGGGUUUUCAGCUAUCCUCACCUCCAUCUGGGCCUCGACCUGAUGCUGCUGUCUCUGAUGGGGGUUCUGGAAGCAGCAAGGCUGUACCUAGGCAUGAAGGGCAACCUGACAGAAGCCAAGGUGCCACUGGCUGCCAGCCUGGCCCUCACAGCGGGUAGUGGGCUACUUUCUGUCUACUUCCUUCUCUGGCAGACCCUGGUGCUGUGGGCAGACUGGGUUCUCAGCACCACACUCCUGGCUCUGCACAGCCUGGAGGCUGCCCUGCAGGUGGUGGCAAUAGCAGCCUUUGUCAAAUAAACCCAACCUGCAGGGAGCCCUGCCCAGCCCACCACUGUCCUGCUGGUGUUCCAUGGACAGUUUAUCUUUGCAGGCAGAAGGAACUGGGGCAGAGAACACUGUUGGGCGUCCAGGCAUUGAGCUCAGCUCGGGGGACACCCCAGGGGAGCCUUCUCAGAUCCUGUGCCGGUCCUGGCAUCAGCAGACUGGCUACCCAGGGAGGACAGAGCCCUUGAGACAUGAGGCUACUGUGGGGUGGUCCGGUGGCUCUGCCCUGUUUCUGCCCUCGAGAAACAGGCCCUUGUGUUUCUGCAUCCAUCCAAAGGCAAGCUGGUCACCCGCACAGUCCCAUGUAUCCUCACAGCGGCUCUCCCCAGCCUACACUCCCCACACUGUCCCUAUCCAUGUCCUGAAACCCACUUUUCUCUGCUGCCCCGGGGAGCACCCCACAGGGAUGCUAUGUGCCAUGGUUUCCACCUCAACUACUUUCUUCUCCUGGGGGUACCGGGCGUCUGGGCAUGUGGAAAAUGGCUUCUGUCUGAGGUCUGUGAGCCAGACUGGACUACAGUAACGGCUGUGCUUACCACUGAACAAAUUCCAUCUCACGUCUGACUUUAUCCUUUUUCCAUCCUUGGAUUUUUAAGUGCUGCUUAAAAAGUAAAAAAAGUUGGCUAGGGAUGUAGUUUAGUGGUACAGUGCCUGUCUGGCAAGUGU